UAUAAAAAUAAACUGUCAGUUGUGUAAUAACAAAACUUCAAAUUGCAUUUUCGAAAACAUCUAUCUUUAUGAUUCCUUGAAGAACAUUUAGAGUUUGUUGUUUAUCUACUACAGUGCCAUCUAGAUAACGUUGAAACUGUUUUUCAAACAAAAGAAAUCGUUGGAAUUUGUUGAAUAGCAUUUGAAGUUUACUGUCAAAGUCGUUUGAGUUGGUCGAAACACAUAAAAAACGCACCGGGACAAUGGCAGAAGAGGAAGUGCAACUCAACAAGUUAAAGGAAUCGUUAAAAAAUUGGAAAGAAUUUGUUUUGCCUAUCAGUUCCAUUUUAUUAUGGGAUAAACAGUGGUAUCCUGGAGCUAUUGUUGGGGGCACCUCAAUACUUUUUAUGUGUAUAUGGUUACUGGAUCCAAGUUUAUUAACCACAGUUUCAAUUUUUGGAUUGAUGAUAACCAUUAGCGAUUACGUGGUGCCAUUACUAGCAGCUUCUAUAUCAAAAGCAGACCUUUGGUGCGAGAAAAAAGAUAAACAAUUUGAAGAGAUAUGCAAGAUCAUGUUGAGGUACUUCAAUUUAAUGAACGAACGCGUAAAUGCCUUUUAUGAUUUGCGAACAACCAAACCCCGAAUGUAUUAUGGUUGUACAAUAUUGGGAUUGGUUCUUUUGGCUUGGAUAGGAAAUAACAUCAACAACCUCUUCUUGACGUAUCUUUUAGUGUGUGUAAUACUUUUAAUACCGGGAAUGGAACGUACAGGAGCCAUUAACACUUAUAGCAAAUAUCUAGCUGUGAAAAUAUCCGAAAUGGCUACAAAUGCAAAAUCGUUAAAAACGUCGCAUACGAAAAAAGAUUAAGAGAAAGUUUCAAUUAUCAUGUAUAUUUAAUUUUUUAAGUCGUGUUAACGUCGCGUUUUAAGUUUCUUUUGUGCCUUUAUACUUUGUGAAGGAGUUAUAGUUUUAUUUGUAGUUUUUAAGAACUUUAUACCCAAGUAUGUGAAAAAUGUUUACACGACCUGAUCAUCAUCCUUUAUGAAAUAAUUUGUUAUGAUGAGAAAAGGUGUUUUUGCUCAACAUAUCUUAUCAAAUAUGGUAUAAUUAUUUGAGAAGAUUGCAAUGUUCGUUCUCCCGUUUGUUAGCACAAAAUACGUAUUUCAAUGUAGAUAUGGAUUUGAUCUGAAUGAAAAAAAGAAGAAGAUAAUGUGAUUAACACUUUAGACUGAGGUGAAUGUGAUCAAAUAACCAAUCACGUUUGUUGUUGAAGAGCUAUUUAUUACAAUAAAGAAGUACUUUUCAGUAUUCAUUGA